CGCCGUCAUUGCGAGCUCCCCAGUGUCCCUCGGCGUUGUGGGCGUUCGGUCGCAUCGCAUUCCAUGUCGUCGGGGCCCGUCACACGCCAAACUUAAGACUCGCUUUCCUCCCACUCCCCCCCAUAUCUGGCGCGCCGGAACUCCUCUUUUGUCUUAAUUCUUUUCUCAUUCUCAUCCUCUCUCAACCUGCAACCCGCUCUCAACGCCCUCCCCGCGUGCUUUCCCUCUUGCCGUGCUCUAGUCUGUCCGUUUGCACCGUCUACGCCCGUCCUCCAUCCUCCUCCAUCCUCCUCACAACCACAACCAGCACCAGUAAUGGCUCCCCGCGUCAUUGUCGUGGGCGGCGGCCUGUCCGGUCUGUCAGCUGCGCACACCAUUUACUUGGCCGGUGGCAACGUCGUUGUCCUCGAUAAGCAGGGUUUCUUCGGCGGCAACUCCACAAAGGCCACCUCCGGAAUCAACGGCGCCCUCACCCGCACCCAGGUCGAGCACGGCAUUCCCGACAGCGUCCAGAAGUUCUACAACGACACCCUAAAGUCGGCCCGUGACAAGGCCCGUCCCGACCUCAUCAAGGUCCUCACCUACAAGUCCGCCGCCGCCGUCGAGUGGCUCCAGGAUGAGUUCAACCUCGAUCUCACCCUCGUCUCCCGUCUCGGUGGUCACUCCGAGCCCCGAACCCACCGAGGCCAUGACGCCAAGUUCCCUGGCAUGGCCAUCACCUACGCCCUGAUGCAGCGCCUCGAGGAGCUCUCCGAGACCGAGCCUGGCCGUGUCGAGAUCAUCAAGAAGGCCCGCGUCACCAGCCUGAACAAGGACGGCAACUCCAUCACCGGUGUCACAUACGAGUUUGACGGCGAGUCUCACUCCAUCGACGGCCCCGUCAUCCUCGCUACCGGUGGCUACGCCGCCGAUUUCACCGAGACCUCUCUGCUCAAGAAGCACCGCCCCGACACCUACGGCCUUGCCACCACCAACGGCACCCACGCCACCGGUGACGGCCAGAAGAUGGUCAUGGCCAUUGGCGGCAACGGUAUCGACAUGGACAAGGUCCAGGUUCACCCUACUGGUCUCGUCGACCCCAAGGACCCCGGCUCCAAGUGGAAGUUCCUUGCCGCUGAGGCUCUCCGAGGUGAGGGUGGUCUGCUCCUCAACUCCGAUGGUGACCGAUUCUGCGACGAGUUGGGCCACCGUGAUUACGUCUCCGGCAUGAUGUGGAAGGAGAAGGAGAAGAACAAGUUCCCCAUCCGCCUCGUCCUCAACUCCAAGGCCUCCAACACCCUCGACUUCCACACCCGCCACUACUCUGGCCGUGGUCUCAUGAAGAAGAUGACCGGCGCGGAGCUCGCCAAGGAGAUGGGCUGCACCCCCGAGCACCUCCAGAGCACCUUCAAGACCUACAACUCCAUCGCCGACGGCAAGGAGAAGGACCCCUGGGACAAGAAGUUCUUCCCCAGCGUGCCCCUCGACAUCAACGACGACUUCCACGUUUCCGUCAUGGAGCCCGUCCUGCACUUCACCAUGGGUGGUAUCGAGAUCAACGACAAGGCCGAGGUCCUCAACCAGGACAAGAAGCCCUUCGACGGCCUCUACGCCUGCGGUGAGUUGGCUGGUGGUGUUCACGGUGCCAACCGUCUUGGUGGAUCGUCGCUGCUCGGCUGUGUCGUCUACGGCCGUGUCGCCGGUGACACCGCCAGUAACUUCCUGUUCCGACAAGCCCUCCAGGGCACCGCUGCGGGCUCAGCCGCCGCCCAGCGUGUCGGCCAGAUCUCUCUGCACCUCGACCCCAACGCCCCUAACCGCGUUACCGUUGAGUGGAACACCGCUGGUGCUGGUUCCGGUUCCGGUGGUUCCGGCCCCGCCGCCUUUGCUGAGCAGGCCGCUUCCGGUUCCGCUCCCGCAAGUUCGGAAGCCCCCAAGGCCGCCGCCAAGGCCCCCGAGCCCAAGGUGUUCGAGGUCCCCGAGAAGGAGUACUCCAUGGAGGAGGUUGCCAAGCACAACACCAAGGGCGACCUGUGGGUUGUCGUCAAGGGCGUCGUCCUGGACCUCAGCAACUGGCUCGAGGAGCACCCCGGUGGCGUCCAGGCCAUCCUCAACUUCAUGGGUCGUGAUGCGACCGAGGAGUUUGAGAUGCUCCACGAUGACGAGGUCAUCCCCAAGUAUGCCCCGUCGCAGGUCAUUGGACGUGUCCAAGGCCAGGAUGUCACCCUCGAGUUGUAA